UCAUAAAUUCAGUUAUGGACCCCCGUACCAGUGCACAGGAUGUGAUGCGAUGUGACCUGUGUGAGACCGCUGUGGUACAGAUGCACUGUGAUACAUGCCUUAUUAACCUGUGUAUAGCUUGUGUAGGAAAACAUAUGAUAUCUGAUGAAUCCAAAAAACAUGAAAUUGUCCCAUUCAAAAAUCGAAAAUCUACUCCCAAAUACCCAGUAUGCACAUCUCAUAGAGAAUGGUGUGAAAUGUACUGUAAUCAAUGCAACUUUCCUGUCUGCAUCAGUUGCAUUGCAUCUGAUCAACACAAAGGUCACACAUUUUUGAAAAUUCUGCAAGUUGUGGAUGAAAGAAGAAACAAAAUAAUGAAAGAUGUAACUGAAUUAAAUGACAUAAUUUACCCAACCUACCAGGACAUUGCCUCUGAUGUACAAAAUGGAAUGAGUCAGUUAGAAAAGGAAUAUGGAGAUCUCUCAACAGCCAUAACAAAACAUGGAGAGGACUGGCACAGAGAAAUUGACAAACUUGUCAAGAAACUUAAAGCUGAAGUUGAUCAGAUGAAAAACACACAGCUACAAACUCUACAGAAACAUCUGGAUGAAAUAAACAAGAAAAUUUCUGACAUCAAGGAUGAAAUCAAUUCAAUUGAUGUUGUUGUAAAUGGAAAUGAGCUUUCAAAACUAUUCAGUGUUACAUUUGACAUAAACAAAUAUAGAAAUCUUCCAGAGAAAAAGGUGCCCUCUUUACCAAAAUUUACUCCAGGGAGAAUUGGAGAAGAACUUGGUAAAUUGUUUGGAGCCUUAUCAUCGAGUUCUUUAACUUCAGAUAAACAUGGCUAUAGCAUGAAGACAACACAGAAAUCGCCAGAGGCUGGAUCCUCUCCUCCAGUCAAACAACUGCUUGAUCAACCAAAGACUGUCACCACCAUAGACACUGGGUGUGAUAAACUUUACAGUGUGGCCUGUCUAAGUGAUGAAGAAAUCUGGACAAGUGGAAAUUACAGCACCACGAAACUCUACAGCAUCAACCAGGGAUCAAUACUCAAGUCAAUCACAACCAAGUCAGGGAACUGGCCAUAUGACAUAGCAGUGACAAAAAGUGGAGAUCUGGUUUAUACCGAUUACCAUGAUAGAACUGUGAACAUUGUGAAGAAUGAGAAGAUAGAGGAGGUGAUCAGACUACAGAACUGGAUACCUGACGGUGUCUGUAGUACCUCCUCUGGUGACCUCCUGGUUAUCUUGUACAGUGAUGAUCAAAAACAAACAAAAGUUGUCUGUUACUCUGGCUCCACAGAAAAACAAACAAUUCAGUUUGAUGAUAAAGGUAAACCUCUCUAUUCAUGUGGUAACUAUUACAGAUACAUAACUGAGAACAGGAACCUGGAUAUCUGUGUGUCUGACAAUAGAGCUAGAGCAGUAGUGGUGGUCAAUCAGGCUGGGAAACUCAGAUUCAGGUACACUGGACAUACUCCUGCUCUAAAGAACCAACCAUUCAGUCCACUAGGAAUCACCACAGACAGUCAGAGUCACAUCCUUAUAGCUGCUUAUAACAAUGACUGUGUCCACAUCAUAGACCAGGAUGGACAGUUCCUCCGUUACAUAGACUGUGGACUGAAUUAUCCCUGGGGACUGUGUACAGAUACAAAUGACAAUCUGUUUGUUGCUCAAAGAUAUAUCAAACAAGUGAAGAAAAUUAAAUAUCUUCAGUGAAAUCUAACACUACUUAUUUACCAAACUUUUCUUUAUGAAAUAAAACAUCAUCAUUCCCUUUGUGCAAUUUUUGCAAAUGAUAAUCUCUUUCUUGUGUAACAGAGAAAAUAUGACAGAAGAAAAU